AUGGACGGUAUUUUAUCGAACAGCAACGGCUGCGUGGAAGGGCGGGCGAAGAAGCAGAGUCCUUCGAGCGAGCUACCGGCGAUCGAGCACGUAGCGGACGGGCUGACAGGCGCGCGGCUGGCGGGCGCUCUCGAUCACUCCGACUCCACUGACACGGAGGAGCGGCGCGUGCUGCCGCCGACCGACCCGAUGGUGACGUCACUGCUGACGGAUAUGUACCAGUUGACCAUGGCGUACGCUUACUGGAAGGCGAAGAAGCACAACGACCACGCCGUGUUCGACCUGCUGUUCCGCAAGAAUCCGUUCGGCGGCGAGUACACGCUGUUCGCGGGGCUCGAGGAGUGCGUGCGAUUCGUCGCCAACUUCCGAUACUCACAGGCUGACGUCGCGUACCUGCGCACCAUCAUGCCGCCCUCGUGCGAGGACGCGUUCUUUGACUAUCUGUUGACGCUCGACUGCUCCACCAUCCGCAUCAUGGCCCUGCCAGAGGGAUACGUCGCCUUCCCCCGCGUGCCGCUCAUGCGUGUCGAAGGCCCUCUCCUCGUGGCGCAGCUGCUGGAGACGACGCUGCUGGUGCUCGUCAACUACGCGUCGCUCGUGGCCACCAACGCCGCUCGCCACCGGCAAGUGGCGGGGCCCAACAAGAUGCUCUUUGAAUUCGGCCUCCGACGCGCCCAGGGUCCUGAUGGUGCAGUGUCAGCAUCGCGCUACUGCUUCAUGGGUGGCUUCGAUGCCACCAGCAAUGUGGAGGCGGGGCGCAUCUUCAACAUUCCUGUCAAGGGCACUCACUCGCAUGCCUUCGUCUCCUCCUUCCUCGCGUUGGAUGAGAUCAAGGAGCGCGCGCUGCCAGCAGCAGAUGCCUCGCACGUGUGCGCGGACUUCGUGGCGCUUGUGCUCUCCUUCCUGCACCGCAUGCAGGAGAGUGAGAAGCUGAGGGACCUGUUUGCGGAGACCAAUCAGAGCGAGCUGGCGGCGUUCACCUCAUACGCGCUGGCCUUCCCCACGCACUUCCAGGCUCUCGUCGACACCUACGAUGUGCUGCGCAGUGGAGUGCCCAACUACUGUGCUGUCGCCCUCGCACUGCACCAGCUGGGGUACCGGGCGGUGGGCAUUCGCCUGGACUCGGGCGACCUGGCGUACCUGUCACAGCAGGCGCGCCUCUUCCUGCGCCACUGCGAGGCCUUGUUCCAUGCGGACGGGCUGAGCGCGGCCGUGAUCACAGCCAGCAGCGACAUCAACGAGGCCACUCUGGAGGCGCUCAACAAGCAGGGCCAUGAGAUAGACGCGUUUGGCAUCGGCACGCACCUGGUGACGUGUGUGAAGCAGCCGGCGCUGGGGUGUGUGUACAAGCUGGUGGAGAUCAACGGCCAGCCGCGCAUCAAGCUCAGCCAGGACUUUGAAAAGGUGACGAUCCCGGGAAAGAAGGUGUGCUAUCGGCUGUACGGCAGGGAGGGCUACCCGCUAGUGGACCUGCUCAUGAUGCCAUCGGACCCGCGCCCUCAGGUGGGCGAGCGCAUCCUGUGCCGGCACCCCUUCAGCCAGUCCAAGCGUGCCUACGUGGUGCCGCACCGAGUCGAGCCACUGUACCGCUGCUUCUGGCGGGGAAAGCAAUUCUCAUUACCGGAUGGGCAGGUGGAGGAGGAGAGUGAGGGCGUGGAGCGGCUGCCAGCGCUGGUGGACGUGAGGGAGCGGUGCCGGCAGCAGAUCACAGGGCUGCGCCCCGACCAUAUACGCGGACUCAACCCCACGCCCUACAAGAUAAGUGUGACGGACAGGCUGUACAAUUUCAUUCAGGACCUAUGGAUGACAGAAGCUCCUGUUGGCCAGCUUGUGUGA